AUGAUUUUUGUGCCAACUGAUCUUGUAUCACUACUGGUGUUGUUGAUGACAAUGCUCUUAGCAUGGAUAACUACCCAACACUACCUGGCACCUUGCAAGAACUUCCCACCCGGACCUUGGGGCUUACCUAUCAUUGUUAGCUUUAUGUACUUCGGAUCUGACAUACACACAGACAUGAUGAAACUCUCAAAGAAAUAUGGUGAUGUUUAUAGUCUGAAGAUGGGAUCUCAUACAGCCAUUGUUGUCAGUGGAGUGAAGGCCAUACAAGAAUGUCUCGUGCAGAAAGGAAAUGAUUUCGCUGAUAGACCUGAUACGUGGACGAUCGACCUCUUUAACCCAAGAUGUGAAGGUAUUGUUCGUGGUCAUUUCGACAAUAAAUGGCAACACCGUCGGCAAUUCGCCCAUGCAACGCUUAGAAGCUUCGGAUUUGGUAAAACAUGUAUGGAGAGUAAAAUAUGUGAGGAGAUCUUGUUUUUGUUAGACGAAUUUCGGUCAAAUAUAAAAACUUUCAUUGCAACUCGUAAAGAUGUUGAGAAGUUCUGCAAACAGCAGAUUGAUGAGCAUCGUGAAGUAUUUGAUCCAAACCACAUUGGAGACUACAUCGAUGCAUGCUUGGCUGAGCGGACCAAACACAAUAGCAAAGUAGAUUUCACUGAUGAUCAGUUAAAAUUUAUGUUAGUGGAUAUCUUUGGCGCCGGCACUGAAACUGUAGUGACUACACUUAUAUGGGGAUUACUGUUUAUGGUUCUACAUCCAGAGAUACAGGAGAGAGUGUAUAAUGAAUUAGAUCAGGUUGUUGGAGCAAAUCGCCUUCCGAGACUCGAUGAUCGUAAACACUUGCCUUAUACGGAAGCCACUCUUUUGGAGAUACAACGAAGUGGAAGUAUUCUACCAUUCGCACUACCACAUCGUGCCUUGAGAGAUACUACUCUUGGUGGAUACAAUAUUCCCAGUGGAACUGCAGUCACUAUAUUACUUUGGUCGAUUCAUAGAGAUCCAAAUACGUGGCCAGAUCCAGACAAAUUUGACCCUAUGAGGUUUUACGAUGAAAAGAACAAUACAGUCAAGAAGUCGGAAAAUUUCAUGCCUUUUUCUGCAGGUCGACGUGUCUGUAUGGGUGAACAGUUGGCAAAACAUGAAUUAUUUCUAUACUUCUCAGCCAUGAUGCAUCAGUUCAAGUUCACCUUGCCAGUCGGAACCAAGAAACCCUGCACUGAGGGUGUUCUGGGUAUAACAUUGGUCCCCAAACAAUAUGACGUUGUCAUCAAAGAAAGACACACUUGAUGUGUUUGUGUGAUGUCAUUAUUUGUAUUAUAUGGAACAUGCAC